CCUUUCCACAACCAUACACUUAUCACAUUUUUAUUUGAACAUGGAGAAUGAUGCAUCUGGGUGCUGCUGAUCAAAAAACAAAGUUUAGAAAUAAAAAUCAUUCAUUGUUUUAAACAAAACGGUAUCUGAAUCACACUGAGUGACACAUUUCAAAAUCAUUUCAAGAGUUGUAAAAUAGUUUGGAACUAUUGAUAUGUUUCAUUCUGAAAGACCUGAUUACAAAAUAAAAAAAAUCUCAAAUCAGCAAAUUAUUCUCAACAACUUUAAGAGCCAAGUGCAACACAAUAGUAGCAUUUUCUAUGACAUUAUCUUUUAGAUUCUAUUUUUUUAUGUUUAUUUUUUAGGUGUGACACUUGAAACCAGUUUAGGAAAUUGUUGUGUGAAACCCUAAAUCUUGGUUUUGUGUGGGUGCUACAGAUAUUAUUAUCCAAGGAGUUGCAUAUUUAGAUAGAUAAAUUCUAUGCAUCCUUGAAGAAAGAGAGAUGUUUGUGAAAAAAUAAUUUCGAGUUCCCCUCAAAUUUGGUAAAUCCAUUGAAAGGAUCAAAUCAUAUGCACCCUUUGGAACAUAUAAGAAUUGAAUUUGACAAUUAUGAUAAAAAAAUUUAAAAAAGAACACUAGUAUCAUGUAUAUUAUAAUUUGACAAAACCUAAUCAACGAAAAAGAAAAGAAAAGAAAAGAAAAAAAAAAUACAUACAUACAUUUUUCUAACACCUAGUAAAAAAGAAGAAUGAAUCUAUAACUUAAACACACAAAAAGAAAGAUAUAUUUAUAUAAAUAAAAAAAUAAAAAGAAUGGCAAUGAAAAUAAUCUUGCGCAUCAAAAAUUCUCACUAUCUUAAAAUAGAAUGCUGUUGCUACAACCAUGAACGCAAUGAAAUUUACACGGGUUCUCAAGAUUGCCUUAUUAAGGCAUGGGACAUGGAAUCCGGGCGGCAACUACGUUUGCAACAGUCCCACUCCAAUUGGGUAAUGGGGUUGAUAUAUGUGCCCAAUCCUGUGAAAAUGCUCUUCUCAUGUUCUCUUGAUGCCACCAUUCUCACUUGGAAUGACACUGGACGGCUCCUUCAGGUUAUAGAGUAUGGUGGUCCAGUCUACUGCUUAGCAUGGGAUUCAAAACAAAGGCAGUUGUUUGCUGGAGGUCGUGGUGUUGUACAAAUUUUUAAAGUGUUGCGCCCUUCAAAAAACUACAUGCAAAUGGAUUCUGAAAAAAAAGCAUCCAACUAUGUCAAAUUUUUGGAAUUUGUAUACUGUGUCCUAGCCCAUGAAGAUAUAGUUCAAGCUAUUUGUUGCUCCCGAAAAGGAAAAGUAUUCACCACUGGCGUAGACAGAACCAUAUGCAUGUUUGAGAGUGACAGACCAGAGGAAACAGUCAGAAAAGUUAAUUGUGCCCAUGAGGGGGGAGUGACAGCCGCAGCAUUUGAUAUGGAUGCAAAUUUAUUGGUGACAGGAGGGUACGAUGGGUCCCUUAACAUUUGGAGCCCCGAGGGCCAUCGCCUUGACUCAUUCCCAAACCUCACCAACCUCAUCACCUCCAUUGCCUACCUCCCUUCCACUCACACCUACUGGGUUUGUGGCAAACACAGGUCGGUAGUGGUGAUUGACCCUGUUGCUCCCGCCAUUAUCACUCAAUGGGUGGCUGACACGUCACAACUCCAUGACCUCCUCCUUCACAAGGUGUACCACGUGGAGGGGAAAGACAUGGUGAUAGGUCUCUCGGAGGUGGAGCACGAAGUAAUCGUGUGGAGGUACGACUGCCUCAUCCCCCACCGCGUCCUCCACGGUCACGCCAACUGGAUCCAGGCCCUGGUAGUCGCCCACCGGAGGCCGCUCACGGAGCGGCUCCUGCGCCGGGACCUGUCCAAUGUGCAACCGGGGAAAGCGCUGAAGCCCGCGCCCGCGGACCCCCGGGAACGGGAAAUCCGCUUCAAUGCGAAGGGGCUGCGAGAGGACGGGUCGGGGAAACCCGUGCUGGUGCCUAAUCCCGCGGAGGCAGAGCUGGAAGUGUAUAGCGGGUCCAGUGAUGGGUCCAUCCUGCGCUGGAUCCCUGAAGCCGAGCCGCACAAGGACCUAUGGACGCAGGAGGAACUUACUCGGAAGCCCUCCUGUGCUAUAGUCUGCAUUCUCUACCACCCUGAGCUCGAUCUCCUCCUCACAGGGUCAACAGAUCCGUUGAUUCGUGUGUGGAGUAUGGAUUCCCAGCAAAACAUUCCACCAUGGAGAGGUGGGGAUAUGUGUGCCAAAGGACCUGAUCUUAUGAAAGGGCAUACAGACAUGGUUGUGGGCUUGGCUGCUUGCAAGAAACUGGUGGUAGUUUCUGCAUCAGCAGAUAAGACAUUGAAGUGGUGGAAUAUGUGCACGCGCUUGGUGAUAGACACAGUUCAAUUUGGUUCUGAGUUCCCGUUCCAGGACAUGGCAUAUAGUGAUUCAAGGGAAGAAUUGGCAACAUGUGGUGGGAGCAAUAUUGUCAAAGUGUGGAAUGAAUUUACUAAACAAACCAAGUACCUCCUGCACGGGGAAUUACCAGAAGAAAUAGUUAUGGUGAAAUGGUGCAGGUCGAAUGAGGGACUGUGGGUCACGGGCGGAAGCGCCGGAACCGUGAGCACCUGGAACCCGGAAACGGCGGCCCCUAUGAACACCUUAAACUACCGCAACCAGGCGAUCACGUCGCUGCUGGUGGACGAGCACAACGACGCGCUGCUGCUGUGCACGCUGCACGACGCCUCCAUCCACAUGUUCAGCCUGGCCUCAUUCCAGGAGCUGGUCUCCUUCUCCGGCCACCAGGACCAGGUCCACGCCAUGGUGCACAUCAGCACGCGCAAUCAGUACUUGUCUAGCUCCUGGGACUUGACACUCUGCGUGUGGCUCAUCCCCGACGCAGCCUCUCUCGCCACCGCAACCUCCUCCUCCUCCAUCUCCUCUUCAGGUAGGAACAAGCCCCAGAUCCAUGAUAAAGAGGAAAGCAACGGGGUCGCGGCCACCACCCCAGCGGAGGAGGCGAUCAACUGGGGCGACGACGCCAAGCCUUACAUGAGCCAAUACGAGAGGGACCAUCCCGCAGUGAUGCCGAAAGUACUCCAAGCGCACUUGCAGCAGACGAAGUCAGGGAUUGUGACGCACCGAUUCCACAGCUCCUCCUCGCAUGAUCCCGAGCUCAAGCAGCAUCAGUCGGUGCUGCAUCCGUCGUCGUCGUCGCUGUCGGUGACGCUGAAGGCUGCCCACCUCGGUUCCUCGCUGUUGUCGAAGAUCGACCUCCUGGAAGCCCAACUGAAACCCAAGUGAUUAUGUUUUUUCAUACUUCGGGAUGUUUGUUUGUUUGCUAGUCGUGAUACAAUGACUUGAAACCAUGUUUGUCUUUUUUACAGUUUGUGUUGCAAGCGUUCGGAGGUUGGUUUGUGAUGCAGUUGGCUUGUUGAUAUCUGAUCUUCUUCUUCAGCUGAUUGGCAGACCUUGCGUUGAAAACAGUGGCCUCAUUGUUGAGGUUCAUUUCAUUCCAAAACAAGUGUUGAAUGAUUUCGUGCACUACUGUCGAUUUGAAUGUGAGGAACGUGACAGAAGGUUUCUUCGGAAUGUUGUUUUAGAGUUCAAGUGUUGUUGUAACUUUUGCAUCGUAAAUCACACGUUUAUCUAUAUUUGGUUUGGAACUGAUUUGAGUAAUUGAUUUAGAGUUUGAUGGAUUCUGGAUUUUGCGUCCCACAGUAGUUCAGAAUUUGUGCAUCGAUGCGAUUGUUUUCCAACACUUCACCCUAUCUUUUGCAUUUUUUUGAUGGAAAAUGACACUCAUGACUCACUUUCAAAGAAAAUAAAAUAGUGUGAAGAUCAGUGUGAUAAUUAGCUUUCUUCAGAUACAAAAACAUGUAGCACAAAUUCCACAUUGGUGAUAGGGUUAAUCACUUAGAACUUUUGAUUUGUUUACUCUGACUUUAUUUAAUCAGACCAGUGUUAGCAAAACAUUUCUAAAUGAGUUAUUUUGUAAUUUUUAUAAUAAUAAUUUGAAACAUUUGUAGCACAUGCAAAGUCAUGGAAAUAAGAGCAAUUUUGGCAAUCAUUCUUUCUGCAAUUCCAACCCAAGUUCACUCUUUUUAAACUGAAAUCAAAGCCAAAUUUUUAUUAUUUUAUUAGUUUAUAAGAAAUAAAAAACCAACACAUGUAUAUUAAUUUCUACAUAAACACGUAUUUACUAAAAUUUUAUUU